UUUAUCAAUCAUCAUCAACGAUAAGAAGUCUGACGCCAAUUUUUAACGAUUUUAAUAGAUGUUUUAAAACAAAUUUUCUCAAAAUGAAAAUAAUUUUAGGUAAAUUUUGAUAUUAAUUCAAAAUCUUCGAAGACAAUGGAGACUACAGAAUCAUUAAAUAAUCUAAACGAGAGCCUAGAUGAUGACCAUAUCCUGUCUGGUGUUAUUGAUUUUAAUGUCACGGCAUUCAUACCGGGUACAUACUGUGGAAGUUUUCGAGAAUCGGAGCACUGGCUAUUUCAAGUAGCGAAUGCGUGUUUUCUAGUCGCCUACGCUGUUCCUACCACAAAAUAUUGCAUUAUUUUUAUGCACUCUCUCUUAAUUCUGGGUUUUAUGUUUGUCACGACUUGGGCAUGGAGAGUGAUGUGUGCUCCGGAUAUGUUCAGUUGGAGUCUAUGUUUUUUAUGCCUCAACGCAUUCCAUUUAAUUUAUAUCAUUUAUCAAAUGAGACCUAUCAAUUUUGAUCACGAAUUGGAGGAAGCUUAUCAUACUUUGUUUCGGCCUUUCAAAGUCAGUCGUUUACAAUUUAAGAAACUAGUCAGCGAACCAUUCGCACAAAUAAUGUCCCUUCACGCUGGAGAAGCUUACGCCAUGCAGAAUUUAACUCGAACAGAUCGUUUAGCUCUGUUAUUGAGUGGGAAAGUGAAUGUCUUACAAGAUCAUCAGUUUUUACAUCCCAUCAUGCCUUGUGAAUUUUUAGACUCGCCGGAAUUCGAGAGUAGAGUAAAUGAAGACGAUAAAUUCAAAGUAUCAAUUAUCGCCGCUGUCCCCUGUCGAUAUUUAUACUGGCAGCGUUCAUCUUUGGAGUAUCUGUUCGUGAAAGAAACUUAUUUAGCUACGGUAGUAGCUACCCUCGUAGCUACCGAUAUUACUAAUAAAUUGUACAUGAUGAAUAAUAAGAUAGUCACCGAAAAAGGUUCCCAUCUGGAUAUACGUUUACCCAGCAUCACUUCAGCUCUGGCUACGUCGAGAGAUAGAACUACUAGCGCUAAAAUGUUGAGAAAACAUAGCGAAUUCUUAUCCAAUGCUUGUCCUAGUUCUCCCGAUUCAAUGAACAGUAGCAGAGAACGAUUGAUAAAAUGUAUGAAAAAUUCUCCUAUGCCGAAUGGUAAAUUAAACGAAAUGGAGCCAUUGACGGAGCUACCAUCGAUGGAUGAUUUGACUUCCGGCGCUAGCGGAGUUGAAAGUUGGUUAGACACGAGCUCCAAAUACCACAGCUGUGAAUUAUUGGAUUCCUAAGAAGCGGUAAUUUUCAUAUUUUCACUUCUAAAAAUAUACCCGUCGCUAUUUGACCAAUUUUAUUGCAGCGUAAAAAAUUUUUUUAAUCGCAUGCGUCGUUUUAUUAUGGUUUAAAGUUGUAAGUAAUUAAAACAGAUUUUUUUUUCAAUUAUAAUCUGCCGCAUCAUUGUAUAUUAUAAAUAUGUCUAAGGUUUAUUUUUAGUAUUUCAUAUACAACGUUCUAGUCAUCGGCUAUUCAUCAUAUUAUUGAUCUCUGAUUAAAAUUUAAACGUUGGUUCGUGUAGUGUAGAUCUUAACGAUAUAAGAUUUUUUUCUUUUUGUGGCAACGUUUCAAAUAUAUUGUACGUUAUUUGUUGGUGA